CUGUGCCUAUGAAGUGAUGCAAAGAGCGAGAAUGACGCCCCCUCGCGGUCAGCGCAGUGUGCAGGUUGGCGACGCAGGCGCAGUGUGACCGGGCUGGCUUGUUGGGGAGAGGAGACUAGCUUGCUCGAGAGAGACCAGGCGUGUGCGUUGCGGAGUAUAAGUCAAAUUUAACUGGAGGAAUCGGAAUUCUAUACAGCACAAUUGACCUACACUACACCGACUUUCAUAUUUUAUAACUAUGGGAAACGAAACAGGUUGUGCAAGAUGCUGUCAGAGUUGUAUACAUCACUAGAGAAGGAGGACUGCACUGAAAACUGGACUUUCUCUCUUAAACCGUGGGUUAGCAGCUUGACAAUGAGACCCAAGGAUUAAAGGGUUAAUAGCAUUGUGAGAAAUACAACAAAGAACUUUGGGGUGAAUGAGUCCGAGGCAGAAGCAUGCAAACGGAGGGCAGUAGGAGAGACUGCAGUCCUGGAUAUUGUGUUUUGCAGCUGCUGUUUCUUCAACACAAUCAGUUCUUCACAUUCCUUGAAAGCAGAGCACGUUGAGGGGGCAUUUAAACAGAGAUGAGUGGCACUUUCUCGGCACUAGCAGAGCUUUUGAAUUCAUGCGGACUAUGACCAGUUAUCGAGCUGUUCAGAAUGACCUCAUGGUGGGCCCAGUGUUAGGAGGGUGUGUGGAGAUUUCGGGGGGCGAUUACUGCCCGCCGCAUUUCCGGAAUGGAAACGCUCCCCAGAUGCAACAUGACGCUGGACUGCCCCGUCUCAGCAGUGGCACUCCGGCCGUGCCCAAAAUGGGGGUGCGUGCCCGGAUUAAAGACUGGCCUCCCAGGAGAGAGCUCUCCAAAGAGUCAGUUCUGUCCAGUCCCUUACAUGAAGCGGACCAGGGGUCGCAGGUGUGUCCGGGACCUCGCUCCCCACAGCCACAACGGACAGAGUCCCGGGGGGACCCCUCGUCCGGAGGGUUUAGGGGUCGCCAGAGGAUCCCCCGGUGCCGCUCUAAAGAUGUGGAGUUUCAGGAUGGCUGGCCGCGUUCCCCUGGCAAACGAUUUGCCCCUCUGUGGAAUCGGAGUAACAGUGAGAUCACUCUUAGUGAGCAUGACACAGAGGCUCCUGAGCCUGCCAGGGGGACCAAGCACAUGGCGACAGGAAUGCCUUUGUUCAGAGAGUACGGCAGCACCUCCUCCAUCGACGUGCAGGGAAUCUCAGAGCAGAGCUUCUUCGAGAUGCUCAAUGAAUUCCGCCAGGAACUGCCAGACCAGCGGAGUGCUGCGCCGGACAAACUCCACGAGCUUCUGAGGGCAGACGCCAGUGCAGCAAACUCCAGCCUCAAUCUUAGCAGCACUGCCUCCAAAACUGACCUGAGGAACGGGCAACCUAAAGAGGAGGCCAGGCCACUGCAGAAGACAGACUGCGAGCGGGCGAGGAAGAAAAGCGGGAAGUCUGAUGGGAGUGGCAGCACAGAUUCCUCAAUCUUCAGGAAACUGCUUAGCCGUGGUGAGACGGACACACCAGGCAAGGCUGGCUUCGACCAGGAAGAAGGCAGGAUCCAGGAGCCCACGUGCAAACCCUGGGUGUGCCCAAAAAGCUUUGCCCACUAUGACGUGCAGAGCAUCCUCUUUGACGUGUUUCAAGUGGCAGCAAACCGCGACUAUGUGGCUCAGAGGAAGAAUACCACAACAGGAGCCUCGGCUGCUUCAGCUACUUCCCUGGCUGUCACCAGAGCUCUUGGGCUAGGGGGCCUGGAGCCCACCUUCAUGAGCACAGAGGACUUGAACUAUAAGGAGAACCUGGAGCCUGAUCUGGGGGACUGUCAAAGCAACAACCUCCUGCUCAGCUGCCCUCACUUCCGAAACGAGAUCGGCGGGGCGGGGGAACGCAACGUCAGCUUUUUGAAGUCGUCGGCAGGAUUCUCCGGAAGAGGCGAAGGAGGCUUCAUCGAGCCGUCUGUCAACAUGCACUGCACCAAUGCCAGCAUCUCCAUGCUGGAGAUUCCCAGCGAGCUGCAGAGCUGCCGGCUGGAGCGGCUGAAGCACUACAGCAUGGAGCACGUGACAUGGUGAGCGCAGUACUACCAGGGCUACUUCCACAGCAAGGAGCAUUUUAACUAUUUUGGAACGGAUGAGAAGCUGGGUCCAGUAGCUAUCAGCAAUAAGAGGGAGAAACUGGAGGAUCGAAAGGAGCACAAGGACCAGUAUCAAUACCGGCUCAUCUUCAGAACUAGCGAGCUGCUGACUCUUCGAGGGGCGAUCCUAGAGGACGCUGUGCCCUCCACCUCGAAGCAUGGCACGGUGCGGGGGCUGCCCCUCAAAGAUGUGCUGGAGUACGUCAUCCCUGAGCUCAGCACCCCCUGCCUGCGGCUGGCACUCAGCACCCCCAAAGUGACGGAGCAGCUGCUGAAACUCGACGAGCAAGGGGUAUGUAAGAAGCACAAAGUGGGGAUCCUGUUCUGCAAAGCCGCUCAGAGCACAGAGGAGGAGAUGUACAACAACGAGGAGGCAAGUCCUGGCUUCGAGGAUUUCCUGUCCCUGCUGGGGGAGAAGGUGUGCCUGAAGGGCUUCCCCAAGUACGCUGCCCAGCUGGAUACCAAGACGGAUUCGACUGGGACUCACUCGCUGUACACGUCCUAUCAGGGUUACGAGAUCAUGUUUCACGUCUCGACAAUGCUUCCGUACACGCCAAACAACCGUCAGCAGCUCCUCCGUAAAAGGCACAUAGGAAACGACAUUGUCACGAUCAUCUUCCAGGAGCCCGAUGCACUGCCUUUCACCCCCCAGAACAUCCGCUCCCACUUCCAGCACGUGUUUGUCAUCGUCCGAGUGCACAGCCCUUGCACAGAGAACGUCUGCUACAGUGUGGCGGUAACAAGAUCAAAAGAUGUGCCUCCGUUUGGACCCCUGAUCCCAUGUGGAGUGACGUUCCGCCGUUCCGAGGUAUUCCGGGACUUCCUGCUGGCCAAGGUGAUUAACGCUGAGAACGCAGCGCACAAGUCGGAGAAGUUCCACACCAUGGCGACUCGCACGCGCCAGGAGUACCUCAAAGACCUGGCAGAGAACUGCGUCUCCAACACCCCCAUCGACUCAACGGGGAAGUUCAACCUCAUCUCUCUGACCUCCAAGAAGAAAGAGAAGACCCGGGCGCGUGAGGGUGCGGAGCUGGGCAGUCUGGCCGCCAUCACUUGGCGCGUCUCCUCUCAGGACUUCAGCCGCGCGGAGGAGAUCGACUGCACCCUGGGCAUCUCCAACGAGUUUGUGGUGCUGAUCGACCAGGACACCAAGGAGGUGGUCUUCAACUGCUUCUGCGGAGACGUCAUCGGCUGGACCCCUGAUCGACUCGCCAUCAAGAUCUUCUACGGCCGCGGAGACCACAUCUUCAUCAGGGUGCCCGAAGACAGAGCAGAGGACAUCAGGGAGAUGGUGCAGAGGCUCAAGGUCAUGACGAGUGGAUGCGAGACGGUGGACAUGACGCUGCGGCGGAACGGACUGGGCCAGCUGGGCUUCCACGUGAAGUUCGACGGCACGGUGGCCGAGGUGGAGGAGUACGGGUUCGCCUGGCAGGCAGGGCUGAGGCAGGGCAGCCGAUUGGUGGAGAUCUGCAAGGUCGCCGUGGUGACGCUGACACACGACCAGAUGAUCGACCUCCUGAGGACCUCCGUCACCGUCAAGGUGGUGAUCAUCCCGCCCCUUGACGACGGCGCGCCACGCAGGGGCUUCUCUGAAGAGUAUGAGAUGAAGACAAUGGAGCAGAAGCCUGAGCCGGAGAGCGUGCCCGCUGGGUACAGGGUGGCCUACCGAAGCCCUGCCUGGCAGUGGUCAAGCCCCUCCUCCCAGAAUGCCUUGCAGCCCCAGAGAUGGGCGUCGCCGGGGAGGCCACAGCAGCCCAUGGGCCGGCCGCAGAAGCCAGGGGCACCGAUUCCAUACAGAGAACCACAGCCAGUGCAGAGCAAACGGCCUGUGAGUUUCCCUGAAACCCCCUAUAGCAACACAUCCCCAGGAGGGGGCGACAGAGGGCAGCCCUACAGGAACACCUCGGGUAGCUUCUCGACCCCGGGCUCCAGCGCAGGGGCGGCGCUCACCCGCUACAAACAGUCCUCCGACAGGUACGGCACACCGCAGCGACCUCUGAUCGGCUACGAGCAGCAAGUCAGCCAUGAAGUGAUGUCAAGUGGAGACUCGUCAUCCGGCUUUACCAGCCAGGAGAGCACCAUGGAGAGGACUAAACCAGAGCCUCUGUGGCACGUGCCACCGCCAUCACGGGUCCCAGGCAUGAACAGUGCCCCGAAACACGCCAACAGACAGGAGAUGCCAGCCAAGGACUCUCCCAACAGACAUUCCAGAGGUGAAGCCCAGUACUCAAGCCCUUCCAGCAGCAACACUCUGUCCAGCAACGCGUCGAGCAGCCACAGUGACGAGCGCUGGUUCGACUCUGGGGACCCCGCGGAGGCUGACCAGGACGCCAUGGCCAAGGGGGGCUCCAGCGACAGCGGGAUCGAUGCCAGCACCCUGUACACACCCAGCCCCAACUCCACGGGGGUGAAGCCGGGCCGCCCCCUGCCCAGCGCACACCAGCGAGACCAACCCCAGAAACCCAUCCCAGCCUCGGCCACCUACAGCAGCCUCCAGGAGCACACCAUCCGCGCUGUGGAGAGGGACAAGAGGAGAGAGUCGUCCCCAGCUAUCGGCAUCUCCCCGCAGGUCAAGGGCUACCGGACACAGGCCUACGCCCUGCCAGGAGCCAGCAGCACCCCCGCCCUGACCACCGGCCAAGGGUUUAAACAGGCCAGGGUUGGCUUCACCCCUCAAGGCUACAAGACGCCAGUGCUGGACAAGCCCAAGCCCAUGAAGGGAUCCCAGUCUGGGUGCCACCAGCUCUCUACCUCGAUACCCAAGUCCUUCUACUCCAAGAAUAAGCACGUCACAGGCUGGAAGAAAAGCGAGGACGCCCUGGCCCGGCCCAGCACCUUCACCGACCACAAGAAGCAAAUUGAAGUGAACUCCAAGAACGUUUUUGGCCAGCCAAGGUUGAGAGCUUCUCUGCGGGAUUUGAGAUCCCCGCGGAAAACCUACAAGUCAACCAUCGAAGACGACCUGAAGAAGCUUAUCAUCAUGGACUGUCCAGGAUCCGACCAAGACUGGGACGGGUCCCAGAGAAAGCCUCUGCAGCGCACGUUCUCUGACGAGAGUAUCUGCAGCGGCCGCAGGGACCCAAGCUACGCCAGCGCCCAGCUGUUUGACCCGCCGCUGCCCAGCGACUUCCUGUUCACCAGCACUCUGCCCAGCCGCAGGCAGCACCAGCCUCAAGUGGUCACCAGCCUGCCAGAGAAGAAGUCGAAUAUCUCUGCGUCGGAACUGUCCCUGACGGAGGUGCGAGACAAGACCCCGCUCCGACGCCCCGACCCCGGGAUGAUGCCCCUCCCGGACACCGCCUCCGGCCUGGAGUGGUCCAGCCUGGUCAACGCUGCCAAAGCAUACGAAGUUCAGAGGACAGUGUCGCUGUUUUCCCUCAAUGAUCCCUCCCUGGGAUGUGAGGUGAGGUCAUCACUCAGCCCAGUGCACACGCUCGCAGCCCCAGAGAGGCUGGCCACUCCCAGGAUCACACCUCCCAUCAGUGAGGAGAUUCCAGGUGACCUGAAGGGGCGGCUGUAUCAGUUAGAGGUCAUGCUGAAACAGCUCCAUAGCGACCUGGAGAAGGAGAAGCAAGACAAGGUCAUCCUGUUGACAGAAGUGUCGACCCUGAGAGAGAACAACCAACGUCUUCAGAAGGAAUCUGUGUCGGCCAACGAGCAGCUGAAAAAGUUCAGCCACAUCUACACCAGCUCCGUGGAGAGGAAGUAGCAGCAGCUGCGCAAGCCGGUCCUCUUUACUUCCUGUUUGAAGCCAGUCCGGUUUACUGCUAUUGCGGGGCACAUGUCUUAAUACAGUGUCAAAGCACUUAAUGACCAGACAGGUAUCACAAAUGAAACAAUAAAUAAUAAAAGAGAAACGAAAGCGGUUUAACAUUUGAACUUCAGAAUUUAAAGUUUAAACCACUUAAUGUCUGUGCAGCUCAACAUAUUUAUUAGCAGGAGAGAAUAACAGAGGAUUUAUUUGUGGUUCCGUUCUCUCACCAACCACCAGGAUGUUUGUCUGCAGGUACCAAAUCAUUGCUGGAAAAAAAAUCAGAAAAGCAAGAGCAGCUUCAGGAACGGGCAUCAGAAUUUGAAUGGAGUGCAAAUCUCCUCAAAAACUUCUCUGAUUUCAUCUGGAAAUCGACAGACAUCAUCCGGCUUUUUGUGUUUCUUAACAAGCAGCAUUUCGAAAGACCAGUUUGACUAUUGAGGUAAACGGGUUUCCAGACUGACUCGGAGCAGCGUUGUGUCCUGACAUCAAACAAUUUGCAUCUGGGAUUUGAAAAAGCAAGGAAGUAGGAAAAAAAAAACACCAAUAAGGAAUUCUGGAGGCCUCCACACAGCCAGCCACACAGGUGUGCUUGGAGCAGGUGCUUUUAUUUUUAUGGGCAGUCUUAAGUCUGUGAAAACAGACGUUUUCUUUUUUUAAACCUUAAAUUUGCUUCCAAAUGAAGCGUGAGUUUUUUUUGUUGUUGUUUUUUUUGUUCUUGUUUUUGUGCAUCAUUUCUAAAUAGUCCAAUAUCAUAACUGCUUUAUAUGUUUGCAUAUUUAAUUUCAGUUGUUUUUUUUUUUUUAAUGGUACUGUAGUGUAAACCUCACGGUAUUGCUCUAACACAUUGCAUACACACAUUGUACACCGAUCAGAGCCGGGUAGCCUCCAGAUGCCACUGUUGUGCUGCAAGCCUAAUUCUGACCCGUUCAUGUACCAUCUUCUGCUGUGAGAGGGAAUAGCAGGACAUAGGAAUGCACUGUACUCGUAGCCAGCAUCCUUACAAAACACUGCAACUUCAAUAAGCUAUGGCAACUGAAUGAGGCUGAUUUGCUGAAACAAAACCACACUGUGACUCAUUGUGAUCGUGACUUUUUCUGGGUACAGCAGGGUCCAUUUGAAGUCGCUGAUACUUGCUGAUUACAACGGCAUCCAAAAUAUUUUGAGUUACAGGAACUGCUUUUGAAAUCCAUGGAAAAAGAGAAAUCAAAAACCUGUAUAUUCCAGCGCUAUAAGGGUCUGCCUGUAAGGGUCGCACAGUCUCGAGGGAGGAUCCACUGACUGCUGUACCAUUUAAAGCAAAAAAACAGCUACAUGCCCAAGUGGAGUGCACUAGGAGACAUACAUAUAUAUAUAGUUUAUAUGUUGUACUAUGGUCUAGACUUGGGAUAGAGUAUAAUAGGGUGGUAUGAAUAAUAAUAAUACAAAUACUAAAGCUUUAUAUUUCAGAUACUUUAAAAAUGACUUUGUAAUAGUUUUAAAAUCUGCACUAAAAGAUGUUUAUUGCAGAAAGCCAGUUUUUGUAUGUUUGAUAUCAAAAUCGUCAUGUCAUGACUUUGUUAGUCUAAUAACUGACCCCUUUUCCCUUCUCUACGAUGAGGCUUGAGAGUUUGUGUACAGUAAUAAUGAGUUCAAUUCUAAUGUGCUUUUAAAACAAACCAACAAACAGUGAAAUCUGCACUUUCUCGUGCAUGGUUUAAAAUCUUAUCAGGAUUCAGUGAUCGAGAAUGGCUCAGGAAGAUACAGUAUCAAUAAGUAUAUGUUUAAUUGUAAAUGUUCUUUAGAAAACACUAUAUUUGUAUAAAACGGUUCAUUGUUUGUAAUUCCUUUUUAUGUGAAUUUCUGAAGAUUUUUUUUUUUUUUUUGAGAAAGUGAAAAAAGAAUGCCAGUCAAAAUUGACACCACAAACCGUGCUCGUGUUUGACUUAAAAGAGAUCAAUAAUAGACAUGUGGCAAUCGUCUGAAAUGAAAUGCAGUAUAGUGAAUAACAAGCACCUGCACAAGCAAGAGUAAACAAACCAAACAGAAAAGUAUAUCUGAAAUGCAGUUUGGAGUAGACAGACUUGUUUGUUCAUAAAGAACUCAAGCAGGAUUCUGAACCUCACAGAUCCUUAUUAUCUCACAGUGGAUGACCUCUAAAAGCAAGACCUGAAACUCGAUAUAAAUGCCGACAUCAAUUUCAAGUUACAUAAGCGAUCAAGUCCAAAAUAUAUCCUUAAAACACAAAGAAAAUAAAGCACAGAAACAACUGUAUGAGGUUUUGAUUUUAUACCGACUUUAAAAAUGGACUUUGUGGGAUUUGAAAAAAAAAAAAAACAUUGAAUAGAAAUGACGGUAACAGUCACAAAACAUUUAGGAACGAUUUACUGAAAACAAAAUCUCAUCCUCGGUCUUAACCAUAUAUCUUGCAUAAAAUCAGUAACUUGGUUAGAAAUAUUUUGGGAUAUUUUUACAUGUUAAACACAGACUGUACUGCCGAUGUUAGAAAUAUGUACAAUAGUCAUUACACGGUGGACAAACCUUGAUAAACCAGCAGGCCUUUACUGUACCCAGUGCAUCACAUCUCUGAUUGGGACAGGCAUGUGAGAGGAGUGCACGUUCCCCUCAUGCAGUAAGACGAUGUGUGUCGCUCGUGUACCUUGUGGCCACUCUUACAGCUGUUCUCAUGAUUGUGGUACUUUGCCAUUCAGUUAAUAGUGUAGCCAAUUAUUUGAGCUUUUGUUUGAAAUCUUUCAAUUAAAACCAGUCGAACUCCUUGUGGCUUCCCCCCUGUUCCCAUUAACAUUGCCUUCUCAGCAUCCCUGUGUUGUAAAGCACGCUGUUUAGUUAGUCUAAUUGGCCUGCUUGUUGAGUCCUGUGUAAAAAACAAAAGGGAGUAAAUAUGCUGUCAAUGUUUUUUUUAAUGAACGAGAUAAGGCCAUUUGGCUCAUCUGGUUUUGUAAAGGCAGGUUCUUAAAGGGGUCCCAUGAUUUAGUAUCCAGAUAACAGCAGAUAUGAAUACUUUUGCACCCCUCUUCAUAAAACUUUAAGGAUCGUUUUAAAUGAUGAUAAACUUCGUACCCGCUCAGAAACAAUUGAAAGGGGUUUCAUGAACAGCAAACUUUAAUCAAUAAAAACGGGCUUUAAAACAAAUCAGUCCUUCACAAAACAUUCCUUAAAAUCUCUUUUUCUAGAGGGAGUGUUUCAUUGGCUGUGGUACUCCUCCGGGUGAGGGAGGGGAAUCAUCUGGGCUUGUUACUCCUCACUGCGCCACAGCGGACCCAGUGCGGUCCAGCUCGGGGCUCUUGAGUCGUAUACGGGCCAUUGACAUCCGAAAUACAGCUUACGAUUUAUAGAUGUCCCGAUGUGUGUUUAUUUAUUCUUUUAUCUACUGUUCUCACCAGCAUUUUUAGUUUUAGUAAACUUAAGCCUAUUUCCGUUUAUAACCUGAAAUGUUUAUACGUUAUUCGGUUUGAGAUUUUCAGACUCUUUAGGAGCACAGGCUAUGUUAGUUCUAAUAGCGUUCAGACAGCUUUAAAUUGUGCCUGUGUUUAAAUCUGCUGCUAUUUAGAUAAUCUGUAUCUUCCAAACAACUUUCCAGUUUUAUUUUAUUAGAAAAAACUACAACGAUAAGCGAGCUUUACAAAUUGUGUGUGUGUGUGUGUGUGUGUGUGUGUGUAUAUAUAUAUAUAUGUAUGUAUAUUCUUCUGCAGUGUAAUAUACAGCCUAGGCAGAUCUGGGUAUCUGUAGGACGAUACAGGAUCCUGAGGAGUCUCACUGAACAAAGGGAAGGCAGUGCACUUAUGUGCGUCUGGGACUGGGUUCAUUUUUUCGCCAAAGAAUGUGAUCCUUCUGUUUUUGUCAACAGCGUUUUAUUGUUGCUAUUAUUAUUAUUAUUAUUAUUAUUAUUAUUAUUAUUAUUAUUAUUAUUAUUAUUAUUAUAAUUUAUACUGUAUUUUAGGACAUAAAAAUAUUGUAACGGUAACAAAAAAAAACUGGAAUUUUAAAGAGAAUGAGAAAUAAUUUUUAUAGGAAACUUAUACAGAACUCAGAAGAACACUUAAACGUCUAUACUGUAUGUGUUUGUAUGUAAAUCUGUGACGUGACUAUUUUGGCAUAAGCUGCACUGUUAAUGUCUUUAAUAUUUUUUUCUUCUUAUUGUUUUUUGUUAAUGUUAUUUAAGCCCAGACUUCCCACUAGCCUGGGUUCGAUUCACAAAGCUGGAGCUCAUUCAUUAUUUAAAAACCAUUGGGAGUCCAGAACGGUUUCAGGAAUAUCAAACCUGAUUGUAUUCAUAAAAACAGAAUUUGAAUCACUCAUGACUUAGCUAUGUAAAUAGAAACCAUUGUUUCCAAAAACGAUGGCUGGAUAGUUUGGUUCUAGUAGAAGUUGCCAUACCCCUUUUUUUAAAAAUCGUGUUUAUUUGGACCUUCUCUUCAUGUAACUAUUUUACCAUUGCUGUCUUAUUAAACAUUUAAAGACCUCCUGCUGCAACUGCAAAGCUUUUCACUUCUGCUUACAAAAAUGUGAUGACCUAGUGUCAUAGUUUUGAGACCAGCACUCGGCUAAUCAAUAACCUAGAGCACAUGGAUAUCUGCAAACUGAAUUCUGUUGAAAAAAAAAAACCCAGAAACUGCAAUCGCAGUACCCAGAAACACUACAGCAAGUAGAGACGAUGUUGUAAAGAUACAUAUUUAUAAGAGCGACAGUGUUAGGGGUGUAGCCAGCCUUUAACGCAAACACACAAGAGCAUGUUCUUAAAGAGCAUCUGCUCUGCAUGAACAGCUUUUAAUCGUUUUCUCUUCUGUAUCCACAGUUACCUGCGUACCAUACUGUGUGUCAGUGUUUUGUGCACUAAACACUGGGUGUAGGCUUUUAAAAAGCAAUCAUUCAGCCAUGUGUCCCAACAGUGUGCAGCAGAUCAGUCCUCUCCUGUGUGGCUCACAGAUACCAGAGUCCUGUUUCCUUUGCUAGAUCAGUGUCAUUCCAGCUGUGCAGGAGACUGGUACUGAACUGCAUUCCAACACUGAGGCAAUCUCUGCUGUAGUACCUGUGACGAAUGAAAAGUUUAUCACAGAUUUUACAUAGGCAGCAGUUUCUGAGUUUAUGAUAUUGCACUAAGUACAUAUUCAUCAUGUAAUGAACUGUUCAAGUUACUUUCUUAGAUGUCUUGAAUACAAUAGCAAAUAGAAACUUAAAAAAAAAAUGAAUUGCGUUUGCUUUACGAUGUUGCACUAAAACAUUAAACACUAUCCAUAAAUGUACAGUACCUAACAGACACUUGCACAACACAAUUAUGAUGCAUUGCUCCACUACUCCACACUGGGCAGCAGUGUGAAGUAGUGGUUAGGGCUCUUGACCGGAGCGUCGUGGGUUCAAUCCCAGGUGGGGGACACUACUGCUGUACCCUUGAGCAAGGCACUUUACCUAGAUUGCUCCAGUAAAAACCCAACUGUAUAAAUGGGUAAUUGUAUGUAAAAAUAAUGUGAUAUCAAAAAUAAUGUGUAACAAUUGUAAGUUGCCCUGGAUAAGGGCGUCUGCUAAGAAAUAAAUAAUAAUAAAAUAAUAAAUAAUUGCUUAUUGCUGGCUAUAUCAGUUCAUGAUGACAUACCUGGUGUCAGUAUCGCUGAAGCAGUUCCACCAUAUUCAGGUGAAUGUUUUGUUGACCAUGUUUGGAAUUACUGGAAACUCUGAGGUGAUGCAAUAGCUGAUGGCCACCAAUGAAUAUUUACACAUUUGAUAUAUUUGAGAGAGAUGAUGUAUAUAUUUUGUAGCAACCCUAUACAAAUCUGUAACAUUUUGCUACAGAGCUCCUUAAUAAAAGAGCCCCAGCUGUAUAAUGUUGGGUAAACAGACCCAGAAAUAGUCAGAAGGUUAGGCUACACCCCGGACAGGCUGAUCUGUAAUAAAGCAGUUUUUUAUUUGUAGUAAUUUAUAUGCAUUGAUUACACUAGUAAUUAGGGGUGUGCUGAUACUCCUAAUUGCCUUUAAGAACUAUUAAUGAGCAGGUAAUAAAUAAAUCUAUUCAUUGAUGUGUUGAUUAAAAAAAAAAAAAACUGUCCUUCCCUCAGUGGGUACCAAUCAAUGACAAUUAAGUUCUGCAUUGAGUGUUUUAAAAGUGUGUUAAACAAAUCUUACAUCUUCACCUUGCAAAGUAUGGUUUAAAAGGAAUCAAUUCAACUCAAGCUGUUGCUGAAAAAUGCGUAAUAUUACAGUUCUUUAUUUAUUACAAAAUGGCAACUUUUACAAAGGGGGCGUGUCAUCCUCUUGAAGUUUAUUUGUUGUUAUUUUAAACCAUUGUCCUUGUUGUAUAAAAUAGUUGUUUUUUAUGCAUUCUUUGUAGCACAAUAUGUUUAAGUGUACAUGUUUCCUUUUAUGUAGAUGAUAACUUUGCUUUGACAUAAUUGUGUGUUUGAAAUAUUGGAGACAUAUUCUGUUUAUUAAGUAGUGUACAUUAAAUAGUGUAAAUGAUCUUGUUUUCAUUCUUAUUUUAUAAAAACAAAUUCAUACAGGUGAGAUCUAUAUUUAAUUUUGUGGUUGUUUUGAUUCUAUCUGUUUGCUGAUAAAUAAAUAAACUUUUUUCACAUCUUUAGUUGAAUGGGUAUGUACAAGAAGGAGGACAAUAAAAUAAAUGUUUCCUACAAA